UACACGUCUACACCCGAAGAGUACGUAGAAGUAGCUAGCUAGCGCGCGUGGGACGAUCGGUCUAGCAUGCGGGUCACCGGCGGGCAGGAGCACGCGCUGGGGGAGGAGGCGGCGGCCGUGGUCCGGCAGGCGGUGAGCCUGGCGAGGCAGCGGGGCCACGCGCAGGUGACCCCUCUCCACAUCGCCAGCGCCAUGCUCUCGGCGUCCCCGGCAGCGGCAGCCAUCCUCCGCGCCGCCUGCGCCAGGUUCCAGUUCCAUUCGCUGCAGCAGCACAACGCGCUCGACCCCCGCCUAGACGUGGCGCUCGGCCGCCUCCCCUUGGCCAGGCCAGCGUCCGUGGUCCACCACAGUGGCGACCGCGUCGAGCCGGCGCCGUCGAACGCGUUCCUUGCCGCGCUGAAGCGGGCGCAGGCGCACCGGGGGCGCAGGGGCGCCUUGGUCGGCGAGCUCGAGCAGCUCGUCCUCUCCAUCCUUGACGACCCGAGCGUGGACCGUGUCAUGCGCGCGGCCGGCUUCUCGAGCUCCCAGUCCCAGGCCGGGGCCAGCGUCGUGGGCGCCGCCAUCUCGUGGGAGCAGCCGAUUAGGGCAAGUUGUGACGUCCCGAAACUCCAGCCAUCGGUUGUCGCCCACGUCGUCCCGGACGGAAGUGAAUGUCAAGCUGGCAAAGCAAAAUUAGGAACAGCGCAGACGGCUUUCUUAUGCGGCACCGAGGUGGUCGCAACGACGGCGAUCCUGCCUCCAUGGCUCCACCGCUACAAAUGUACAAAAUACACCAGUACAACGUACUGCGGCGCCAGUCUUCAAGCAAACUCUGCUUCCCGCCGGCCGAAGUUCACGGAGCUCACCGCGCAAAAUUUCAAGAUCCUGUGCGACGCGCUCGAGCUGCGCGUUCCGCGGCACGCGAAUAUCAUUCCCGGCAUAUCGAGCACAGUGCUUCGGUGCCGGUCGGGCGUGACGAGGCGGAGGGCGGGCGUAUGGCCGACGACCUGGCUGCUCUUCCGAGGAAGGGACAGCGGGGGCAAGACGGCGGUUGCUCGGGAGCUCGCGAGGCUCGUGUUUGGCUCCUAUGCCGAGUUCACCACCCUGCAGGUUCAGGGUAACCCCGACAUCCCGGCACACACCGGCAAACUUGCCCUCAAGAGGCAGAGACCACCGGACAUCGACGGAGACGGCAAUGGUGGUGACGUCGGGGCGAGGCUGUUUGAAGCUAUCGCGGAGAACCCUCACCGCGUCAUAUUGAUCAAUGGCGUCAACCGACUGGAUGGCGAUUCGGAAAUGCGCAUCAAGAAUGCGACCGCGGGAGUAACAAUGGCGAGGGGAUGCAACGACGACGUGGUUGGUUUGGAGGAUGCCAUCGUGGUGAUGAGCUCUGACGUGUUUGACUCGAGGUUUGGGCCUUCCGCUUCCUCCCCACGGGUGAAGCGACGACGUAACAACACGGACAUGGAAGUGAGACCACGUCGUGGUCCUUGCUGGGAUCUGAACGUUUGUGCAGUGGACGGGGAAGAGGAGGAAGACAGUUUGGCUCAUGAUGAGGGGGUCAUAAGUGUCGUCGAUGGUGUUUUCCUUUUCAAUUAG